AUGGGCGCUGAUGGGCCUGCUCAAUUCCCCGCACGCGCGCAGAGCCUUCGCAUUCUUUGCAUUGAUGGCGGCGGCAUCAAAGGGUACACGGCCCUUCUCAUCCUGCGCCGCAUCUUCCGCACCCUCUCUGCCGACAUGGGCGGAAAUCUCUCGCCGAGACCAUGUGACAUCUUCGAUCUCAUCGCCGGCACCUCGACCGGAGGCAUCAUCGCUGUCAUGCUCGGCAGGCUGCACAUGACCAUCGACGAGUGUAUAGAAGUGUAUGAGCGUCUCGGCAAGGACGUCUUCGGCAGGCCUGUCGGCGGCCAGGUCGGUCGAGUUCUCAGAGGAAUGACAAGCUCCCCUUUCUAUGAUAUCGCAGAUCUACAGCAGUCCAUCCGAUCUGUCUUGAGGGCAAGGGGCAUCGAGUCGGACGAACCCUUCAUUGAGAGAGAGGGGCCGGGGUGCAAGGUGAUCUUGUGUGCAACCCGGGUCGAAACCGGCAAGGCAGACGUCCUCCGCAACUACAAAUCCGGCCAUCCCACGGCAGAGAAUUACUCCUGUCGAAUAUGGGAGGCUGCAAGUGCCACCGCUGCCGCUCCCAUGUACUUCAAGAGCGUCAAGUUUGCGUCUGGCGGGGAGCGCUGGUGUGACGGAGCUAUCCGACGAAACAACCCCAUCGACGAAGCCCUCGCCGAGCUCGCCCGGGAGCCCGAGUGGCGGAACAGAGAAAUAGGGUGCAUCUUGAGCCUCGGGACCGGGCUGGCCCGGAGCCGGUCCGUCUCGUCCAACCUGGCCAGCUUUCUCAAGGGAGCGCUCAAAAUGUUGACCGAUGCCGAGGACACGGCCAAGGUUUUCUCGGCUUCUGCUCUCGGGAGACAGCUCGCGCAGACGUGUCGCUACUAUCGAUUCAACGUCCCGCAUGGCAUGGAGGACUUACAGCUCGAUGAGUGGAAGGCCACGGAACGAAUGAAGGCCCUGACGACAGAAUAUCUCAGCCACGCCGACAAUGGCGAUGCCAUCCUGAGUUGCGCAAAGUCCCUGCUAUAUCCCGAUGAGAAUUCCUAUGACGAGACAUUGCGAGAAUUCUUUCGUCCAGAGAUGGGUCCUACCCAGAUCUUUGCCCUCUGGGGUCUUGGAGGCGUCGGAAAAACUCAGAUAGCGUUGCAAUUUGCCCAGAGCAUGAAGGAUAAGCUAUCUGUUUUCUGGAUUCGUGCAGACAGCCUAGCCAACUUCAUCGCCGACUUCUCGCGUCUUCUGCCUCUCUUAGACCCUGAAGCGGGCAAAUCCGCGUCGUCGCUAGAUGUGACAUCUCUGCUGGAGAAAACUCGAGACAAGCUGGAAGCCCAAGCUGGCGAGUGGUUACUGAUUCUGGACAACGCGGACCAUCUAGGCGAUUUUGUUGGGACCUCGGCCAAGAGCGAACUCAGCAUCUCCAAGUAUGUGCCCAGGCGAGGACGGAUUCUGAUAACCACCAGGGACCGGCGAUUCCAGGGAUCCGUUGCUGCCGCGAGUGAUGGGCUAUGUGUUGAGCCCAUGACAUUGUCAGAGGCGACAGAGCUGCUGCUCAAGUCUGUUCCCAAGCACCUCGUUCAGCCCAGUGCUGUUAAUACGCUCAUGGCAAACGACUUGGUCGAGGAGCUGGGCUGCCUACCCCUCGCCAUUGCCCAGGCAGCUGCGAAUAUUGUCGACCAACAGAUGUCGUUCUCUGAAUACGUGGGUCUCUUUCGGCAUGAGAAGAGACGUCGAGCUGAUCUGAUGAAUUCACCAGCUUAUGACUUUGCAAACAAAGACCCCCGAAACGGCAGUUCAUCAGUGGCCAUAACUUGGAAAAUCUCCAUCGACGCUUUGGAGCGGCAGUCACACCUGUCUGUCACGUUUCUGGAAUAUCUCGCCUGUUUUCACUGGAGAGAUGUUCCUCAGUCGCUGCUGAGGCAUCUUCCCGAGUUCCGCGACCUCGAUGAUAUCUCAUUUCUCCGCCUCACCAAGAAACCACUGGCGCUGUCUCUGAUCGACCAGACGCUGGAUCAGGACCCGACGCUUUCCACCUACAGCGUCCACCCAGUACUUCACGAGAUCAUGACGGAUGAGCUCUCCGCCCAGGAUAAGUGUCGAAUGUUGGAUCAUCUCAUGCCCAACAUGUCUCGACUUUUUCCCACCGCGCCGUACCCAACAGCGGAAAGCUGGCCGCUAGCUUCGCUUCUGGCUCCCCAUCUAUCUCGGCAGCUGAGCCUCUGUCAAGAGGUCGGGUACAGCUCGUCAGCGGUCGCCACACUCAUGUUUAGCCUCAGUCGAUUCCACAGCCUUUCUCGCAUGCAAGAGGCUGCUGCCGACCUGGCCGAGGCCGGUCUGGCCAUGGCAGGCGAGACAUUUGGGGCUGACGACGAUUUGAUACCGCAUUUCCGACAGAACGCAAUAGAGAGGCUGGACGAGGCCGGGAGAUAUGACAGCGUGGAGGCGGAAUGCUCGUUAGCCUUGGAGCGCCUGGAACUGCGAGCUUCAUCUCUCGAUAGGACAGCUUACAACAAGGAGAAGGUGAAAAUUUUAACCUUUUUGUUCAACGCCAUCCGGGGGAGACAUGACUAUCAACGUCUUGGAGCAGUAAACGAAGAGCUGCUUCGGUGCCAGCAGCUUGAGCAAUGGUCACCCGGAGAAGAUGCGCUCCACCGGCAUAACCUAGCUUAUGGCUUGCUCCGCAGCGGCAAACGCGCUGAGGCCAAAGAGAUCAACGACGAACUCCUCCGAUACUGCGAGACGGACGAGGGGAUCAAAGUGGUGGGCAAAAAACUGCACCUGAUCAUGUUGAAUCUCAAGGUGCUAGUCAUGCGAACGGGGACGGACGUCUGGCUGAAUCUCGACGAGAUCGUGGCCCUCUACGAGCGCAUCUUCUUGGAGCACCUCUCCCACUUCGGCAUAAACGACAAGGAAACCUGGAUCUCCCUGAACAACUGCUUGGGCUCCCUUAGUCAGGCCCUACGGAUGGAUGAGGUGGGGGAUGUGCUCUGGGCCGUGCUACCUGCCGCCAUCGGCGCGAAUGUCAAGGCCGACGGGAGCAUCGCCAUAUCUAUGCUGGAGAUCUACGGCGUCGCCAUGCUUUACCGGGACUACCUUUCUAAAAGGAGAGCAGUGGACGGAACCGAAACCGCCACGUCGCGCGCAACCGAGUUUGCACAGCUCCUCGAGCGAUGGAGCUAUGUCGCCGGGAUCCAAAAGACUCCAAGACCUGUAGAUUAUGUCCCUACACCGGCAGAGCUAAACUCGCUCAACUCGCACGGCGUUUACCACCAAUUCCACGGACGGUAUCGAGAGGCAGAGGCCAUGCACCGACGUGUCAUCCAAGAGUUACGGGAUCAGCCGGACGAUCCACUAAAUCCGCUUUCGCAUUAUAACCUUAUGCUAGCAAUAGCCAGAGAUGAUCGAGAAGAUGAGGCUUUCGCUUUUAGACGCGAACACGCGCACCUCAUCGCGCCGAUGGAGGCUAUAUAUGGGACGUUGGAGCAACGGCAAGACGAACGGCAAAAGGAGAUGAGUGUUUACGAAGAGGCAAAGGCGCUGAUCGAGCGAGGGUCCCUGCGGAGGAGCGACCAGUGGUGGCUCGAUAAUGGUGCUGUUGUUGGUCGAGUAGGCUCCCGUCUUGGACACAAGCUCGCGCCCCUGGAAUGA